UUCGUGUGUUUUUCCUCCGGACGUUUUUAAGCUUCCAGAAUAUAAUCAACUGUUUAGUAUCAUUUAUAGUUUACGUUUAAGAAGGGAAGCAGUUACGGUAAUGUAAUAUUACCAGGAAGAGUUCCGAAGAUAUAUAAUUAUGCCAUAGCACAGGACAAUCUUUAUCCGUUUCGAACCACCGUGGACGUAUUUUGAUAUAAGGCUGUUCAGUUUCCUCAACUAAUUGAAUCUGAAUUUAAGUAACGAACCUCACAUGGACGACGUCACGACCAUGGCAAAUAUGACUACUCCUGCUAAUGUUCCUUCUGAGGAGGGAGAACAACCAAAUUCACCCGCUUCUCUCGCCAUCAUAUCACUGAUCAUGGGGGUCAUCAUCGCUGUCACAAUCGUCGCCAACUUCUUGGUGAUUUUAGCCUACAGCCGCGUCUCCCAGAUCCGGGAUAAAGUCGGCAAUCUGCUCAUCUUGAAUCUCGCAGUCACGGACUUCAUGGUUGGUGUCUUCAGUUUGACUUUUAACUUUGUAUGGCUGUUGAGAGGCUUUUGGCCACUGGGUGAAGUCAUCUGUAAACUCUGGCUGGUCCUGGAUUACACCAUAUGUUGGAUGUCUAUGAUCACGCUAGUCCUCAUCAGCUGGGACCGUUACUGCUUGGUCAGUAUGGGUCUCAAGUACAAGACAUACCAGACGAAGAAGCGCGUGGGACUGAUCCUCACCGUCGCUUGGACUGUCGUUCUUAUUCUUGUCACUUUGAUCGCGUUUGCUUGGAGUCCAAUAUCAGGAGAGUCUAACAUUGAUUAUGACAGAAUGUGCACCAUGGAAUUCAUAGUUCUGAACUACGCGCCUCUGGCUAUUAACUUGAUCCCGUUUGGGAUAUUGCUCGUAUGUAUAGUCAUUCUGAAUUCGUAUGUGUACGCCAAUAUCUAUCAAAGGUCUAAGGUUAGAUUGAGUCGCCUAGGAAAAGUAGAAGUGAAAUAUACUACUACAAAACCCAACGGCAAGGCCAACGGGUCACCUAGCUUCUCAUCAAACAUGACAAUUACGACUGAACCCUUGUCGGGUAACACGCCGGAAGAGAUCGAGGCUGCAGAAGCAACCACACUCAACACCCUCGAAAGAGGUGAAGACGUUGCAGACAAGGAACGGAUAACCCUUGCCCGACACAGGAAAGCGGCUAUCGUUCUCGGUAUCUUGACGGGAGUCUUCGUGGUGUCCUGGUUGCCUUACAUGACAACAACAGUGAUCUACGCCAAGUGUAUGGAUUGCGUGUCGGCUACCGCUUGGGAGGUGACCGAAGUGCUAGGAUGGUGCAACUCGACUAUAAAUCCGUUCAUAUACGCUGCUACCAAUCUUCAAUUUCGUAAAAUCCUUCAAAGAUACCUCCGUGUUGAUCGAUGGUGGUGUGGGUCAAAGCGGUCUUGACGACGGUGUACCCAGAUACGAGUGGUCAAUGAAGUUGAUGGUGAUGGUUGGAACUGACCAACGUGGUAAUUUCAAGAUGAAUAUGCGGUCCAGUCUUGUUGAUAGCCGUGUAUUUUGAAUUUGAAUUUGAAGUAGAAUGGCCAAGACUUGUUCUUCUAUUCCAUUUCGUUGGUUCCUGAACUGAGAGAUUCAUAUCUUACUGGCGUACAAACUUCGUGGAAUCCAUUUACAAAAAAAAAUGAUUAAAUAUCCAAAAUAGUGAUAAACGAUAUACUUAUUUCAUAUUAUUUUCUUCAUGUUUAAAUACUGUAUUGCAUUGUGGAAAAUAAAUUAUCUACCAACAUUAGUAUCCUGGACUAUCCAGUGAUCAUGGUGAUAGUUGUACAUAGUGGGCGCGUCGUGGUCUAGUGGUUCUGACUCUCGCCUAUCAAACAUAGGGUCGUGGGUUCGAAUCGUAGCCAUGGCGUGUUUUCCUUCAGCAAGAAAUGUACCCACACUGUGCUGCACUCGACCCAGGUGAGGUGAAUGGGUACCCGGCAGGAUUAUUUCCUUGAAUGCACUGAGCGCCGGUGAUGGUAGCUCGAGCUAAAGCCGGGUAAUAAUAGCAGCGCUUUGUAUCCUCAGGCAAAAAACGCUUUAUAAAUCCAGCUAUUAUUUAUAUUAGAACUACCUCUUGUUUUUAAUUCAAUAAGCCUGUUCACGGUUGUAAACUGCGCACGAGCAGAAAAAGGUCAUUUGAGAUAAACCAUGAGGGUGGCUUUCAAAUUCACUGACAUAGGCAUUUGUGAUUUGAUGAUUAUGCCUAUUCAUGUAUUCCUUUCAAAAUAUUCAUUUUAUCACAUCCAAGCUGAAGAGUAAUAAAUAGAGCCUUCAUAAUCACUGGUAUUUGACAGUAGCCUAAACAAUAGUCAAAUGUGCCAAAGGCAGACAAUAAAACAGAUUUCCAAACUUUAUCCCUGAUGUACUAUUCUAGUCACCUGGUCUAUACAAUGCCUUUUGUUCUUAGAAUUUGAAUACUCUACCGGUAAAGCCUACGCAACCUCUACAUUUGAAAAUGAUAGUGCUUAUCCUAAUAAAAAAUCACAAAGGUCAUUUGAGAAAAGUUGAUCAUGAGCUAACCGUGAACUGGCUUAUUUGUGGUUCAAUUUCGCAUAUUGAAUGCAUUGACAAAAGUCACAAUGUUAUGCUGAUAAAAUUAUGUGUAUACGCAUGUACAUGAUGUAAACUAUGUAACAAAGAGUAUGGAAUACGAGUAUACAAAGAAUAACAACGCGAAAAAUGGGAACACAUAACCAUGUUGCUAUGUAUUAGGCCUACAUAAUAUGCCUCCAAAUUAAAACAAAUUGAGAUAAUCAUAAUUGUGAAAAUGAAGGGUAUCAUGCAAUACUCCUAUGGUUGGGGAAACGCUGAAUGCAAGGGCCCAUAUUCUAUAAGUCCGAUUUAAUUUAGGACAUGGCCUUAGUCCGUGCCAGUGGCCUAACUACGGUCCUUGCAAUUGAACUGAAAAUUCAAAAUCUUGGGAGCAACCCCACAUAAAGUGGAGCGUCGUGGCCCAGUGGAUUAGUCUCCGGACUUUGAAAGAGAGGGCCGUGGGUUCAAAUCCCAGCCAUGGCGUAGUUUCCUUCAGCAAGGAUUUCAUCCACAGUGUGCUGCACUCGACCCAGGUGAGGUAAAUGGGUACCGGCAGGAAGUAAUUCCUAAAAAAGCUGUGUGCACCUGAAUAGGUAGCCUAGCUUAGCCGGGGUAGUA